CCAGUCUUGAAAUUAGCAACUCAAAUAUGGUUGUCCGAGUUCAUAUUUGGAUAGCAUGCUUCAUACUCAGUGCUUUGGGUAUACAUGCACAAGGCCCAGUUGUCAGUGAAAAACAAUGGGAAUGUGAGGAUGAAGAGCUCCUGUGUCCUCAAUGGGCUGAAAAGGGUCUCUGUUUCGGUCAAGUGGAGCAAGAUGGCAACAAAUACAGUUCGCAGAUUUUAGCCCAAAAUAUCCUAGCCAAGUGCCGAGUGAGUUGCCGUCAAUAUUUCGAGAAAAAUGGUCCUUUUUUAAACAACCGCAUUAAAGAGUAUUACGUGAUGUUUGGCGGAGCAAAUGACACCGUGAGAGACCCGUUUGGAUACGAGUACCAAAUUUGUGAUCUCACCAAUGGCUUUUAUGGACAAGGACGUAUCAAUUUGUUAUCAAAUUGGGCCGACUACAUUAUACUUAAGUUGGGAUUGUCAAAUACCAUUCCAAAGUACAGCAAACUAGGGUACAAAAAGUCCAAAGUACCUAAAGCCCUCUGGGGGGAUUUGAACGACUUUUACAACCUUAAAACAAAAAAAGCUGCAGUACCUUGGAAGAGAGAGGACUGCACUAAAGGGAUCCACAAAUGUACUGUUGCCGUCGAUGAUGACGAAGAAUGUUCGGAAAAAGAUUUAAAUUUCAUGAUGAAGAUGAACAUAGAUAUGGAUGUGGGGUUGAUGAUCCUGAAGCAACUUCAGAAAUUGGCAGAAAAAUGGUCGGGCAUCAAGUUGGAACCCGUGACAGUCUAUGGAAUUAGACGAUACCUACGGGGAUCGUGGAUGAGUUCACAUGUGGACAAAAAAGAGACACACAUUAUCAGCGCUAUCAUUAAUGUGGGGCAGGAGGUUGAUCAGCCUUGGCCCUUGGAUAUCUUGGACCAUGAAGGUACACAUCGCAAAAUCUUGAUGAAACCAGGAGAUUUGGUUUGGUACGAAAGUGCAACUGUUCUUCAUGGCCGGGUUGAACCAUUACAAGGGGAUUAUUACGACAACAUAUUCGUACAUUUCGUCCCACUUGAUUGGGAAGAUCAAGUCCAAAAGAUCCGUGAUAUCCGUAGACAAACUGACAUUUACCACAUUAGCCAACAAGUGAUCCAACCUAGUAUUUAGAAAAUACACUGGAUCCUAAGGCUAAUGAGAACCACAUGCCCACAUUCAUCAACACCAAAGAAGAAAAUCCCUUGACUGACAGGUUGAUCCCACCUUAAGCUUCAUGAGCAGGCGGAACGACAACUUGUAACAACCGAAGUGACCACGAUUCCACAGAAAUCAAGGCAUUAUUUGAAUCGAUAUAAAUAGUCAUAUUCAAGGGUCGGAAAAAUAAGCAGUGAUUUUUGUCGAAAUGGUGUGUUUUUAAGCCGUCAUUUUCAUCAAAAAGCAUUUUCAUUAAAUCAAAGAUAUCGGAUAUAAUCAGGCGGAGAAUAUUUCGACUUCUUUGCAUAUUCGAGUAUUUUAGUGAUUUUACGAGGCAAAAAUUGGUUGAAAUAUUGUUUAUUCAAUAACUUAUCAUACAAUGGAUUGAGAAAUGUUAUCUUGCCUUUCAA